AAUGACACUUAGUUUAACCAAAAUUGAAAUGUAUCUAAACAAAAGGAGCAGAUAACAAUUUUGUGGCGAGUUUCGAAUAACAAAAAUUGUGUUUGAACUUAGGAAGAUAUACUCACUAAUCAGAAAUGGAUGAAACUCAAAAGCCUUGCAACGUAUGUGGUAAAGAGGAAUUCAUUAAUAAUGAUGGCUUUUUUUUUUGUUUGGAAUGUGGUACACAAGCAGAAAAUGUGCAUGAAGUUGCUAUUGACGAUGAAUAUAUCAAUUUUACUCCACAUUCAAAUAGAAAAAAGGUUAAAUCUAGAGAAAGAUUGGAAAAUGAACUAACAAGUUGGGAGUUGCUGAAUUACAUUUUAGUUGGUUUGGUCGGGGAGCUAAAUGUAAUAGGAGCCAAAGACGAAUUAAAACUAAAGACAUUUCAAUUAUGGGCUGAAUUUUUAAGAAAAAAUGAAGUAGCCUUUUUUAAAACAAAAGUGCCUUCUUUGCCAAAACUUAGCGCUUCCUUUAAGGCGAAAGAUGCAAAAAUUCUUUACAAUCAUAAUAUGCCAAAGCGAAAAAAGAGAAAAUAUGAUGCUUCUUCAAUCGAUAGCUCAAUAACUUGGAAAAGACAAAAAAGGAACUAUGCGAAGUCUGAAUAUGAAAAAAGUAUUUCUGAGGCAGAGACUUCUCUUGUUACCUUAUUGAGUAGCAGUCAAACUUCCAUUACCUCAACAGUUUCACGCGGAAUAAAAUUAAAUCUGAAGGAUUCUGCUCGAAAAUUAAUUAAAAAAAGUGUUCAUAAAGAGCAUUUGAAAAAACAUGAGGAUGAUUUUCAAAAAUUAAUGGAUUGCAAAUGCAUUCCAAUAAAAAAAAGCACUGUAUAUUACGAGCAAAGAAGAGACGAAUUAUUUAAUCGAAGAACAACUUUUAGUCUUUUGUAUAUAGCUCUUAAUUUAAGUAAUAAUAUCAUUCAAUUGUUUGAUUUAGUUCGAUUUAUGAAAGAAGGAAAUCUUUCCAGCAGAAAAUUUGCACAUUUUUUUCCUGAAAACAUAAGAAAGUCAUGUGAAAUACAGUUAUCACGUUAUGAUUUCCCUAAAAAUUUUGACCAAUCUAGUAUGUCAAUACGAAAACAAUCAGCUGUAAUAUGCAAUUUCUUAUCUAUUACAAAAUUAAAUACUCCAGAUAUCAUCAGUUUAGUUACGCGAUUUUGUAAAGAUUUUGUGUUACCAAAUGAAAUAGUAUCAUAUGUUAGUCGUUUAAUCACAUAUUUCCCCCCGAAAAUGGAAUAUAUACAUGAUACUACACCAUUUUAUGAAGGACGAGCUUUAGCUUAUAUAAUUUUCGUUAUGAAACUUUUAUUUGGUUUAGACGACGUGAAAGAAGAAAAAAUAUCAGAUUCAGCUCAAAAUGUCAAUAAUAUUCUCAAAGAAGCAAAUAAAGGAGAACGAGUCUUUGUUUGGAAAGAAUGGAUGAAAUAUAUUGAGAUAAGAAAACUAAUAUUAUCUAGGUAUAAUUUGUGUUAUUUUGAAAGUAAUAAAGAUUUCAAAAAUCUGGAUGCGAAUUUGAAUAAAAUGGUUGAAGAGUAUUUAGAGUGUGACGGAGAAGAGAUUAAUUUGAAUCGAGCAAAUGUUUUCAAUAUGAAUAAAAUUUUUAACACGUUUUUGAAAGAUGCUAGACGUGUCCAACCACACUCAUCUAUUAAAAUUAUUACAUUUACUCCUCAAAUUGAUUAUUUUGAACAAAUUUUAUAUGAUCCGCCAGAGGACAUAUUAAUUCCGGAAUUUUUAAAAUAUCAACAUUCUUUAACGCAAAUUGAGCCCUUUUUUAAUCCGAAAAAACUAAAACAAACUUUAAAACAGGAAAAUAUAAAAAUGAAAAUAGUUAAAGAAAAAGGUAAUGAGAAAAUUUAUUUUGUACAAACUUUUAGUUAUAAGUCUAAUUUACCGAAGGAUAGCUCAAUUUCAUUAAGAAAUAUAAAAAAUAAAUCAGGAACUGAAAAAAAUCAAAAUGAAACUAUAGUAAAUCAAGAUUACGUUAAAAUAUUUGAUACUGACUUUUUAAGACCUAUUAAAAAUAAAAUGUCAACCAAACAAAAUUCUAAACAAAAGGGGACAAAAAAUAAAACAAUAUCUAAUGACAAAAAUCGAAAAUUUGAACCGCGUACAUUUAAAUAUUAUCAUUUGUUAAACAGAAGUGUUGUAUCUUCAGAAAAUAGUAUUUUAUCUGAUGUUAGUGACAAUAGUGCACCUUCAGAUAAUGAUGACGAAGAAAAUAAUCUGAAUAAAUAUUUGCAAUUUUCAAUUUCUGAUAUGAGAUACUGGAUUUUACAUGGAAAGUUAGAUAUUAAAGAGGAUGAUUUCAAAAAUAUUAAAACACACAUGCCACGAAAUUUUUUAUGGUUGCUAGAAACAUUUGCAUCAUACUUGGAAGCAGAUUUGGAAUCGUUAUACCACGAAUUAUUAGUGAUAGAAAACUAUUAUUUCUACAAAUUAGAUGAUCCAGAUAGAAUUAAAAACAUUAUUUUAUUUAAAAAUCCCGAAGAAAAGCUCCAAGGAUCUCAUUACUCUGAUUACUUCGGAAAAUUUUGGUGAAAAAACCUAAGUAGUUUUCAGAAUAGUGCAGAACUUUUGUUUAAUUUGUUUUACUAGAAAUUCCUUUUUGUAAUAUGAAAUAUGGGAUAUAAUAUAAGAUUAAAUUAUUUUUCUACUGUAUACUUUGAACGUACUUACAUAUAUGCUUUUAUAAUGUAAUAUUAGUAGUUAAACUCUUAUUUGAAAUUUUUGAUACAUAUUGAAAAUAUCAGUUAAAACCAGAGGUGUACGAUUCUAUUAAUCAAAUACAUUAUUUACAUGUUUAAUUAAGAGCAAUGAUUGGUUUGAAA